UCCACAGGGAGGAGGAGGAUAAAGAGGAGGCGGAGAAUAAAUGAAACUGUGUUUGCAACCACAUGUUGCUGUGCUUGGUUGAACUGCUGCAAACUGCUCCUUUUCCCCUCUUUUGCACCAGAGAGAGAGAGGAAACAAAAGGUGCGCUGAAAGAGGUCGGAGAGGAGGGAGAUAUCUUUCUUAAUAAGUGGACAUCUGACACAGAGAGAUCCUCGCUGCACACCCAGUUCACACAAAUGAAAGAAUCCUAAAGCCACCACCAUGCCUGGACUCAUUAACAAGGAGACCCGGAGCGCUCUCCCCCUCAGCGUCUCUGACAUCACUUCCUGUGUCAGGGGUUACACGCUGGCCAUGACAGCCUCCAUGACCUAUGAGAAUUUUGAGGAUCAUGCAAUUGAGGGGAUCUUCAUUUAUCCACUGGAGGAAAAUUCUAUCGUUGUGGGGUUUGAGUCCAUGAUAUCGAGUCAGAUCAUAACACUGCAGAUCAAAGACAAGGCAAAAAUUGAGGAUUGUUACGUGGAUUGCUGCAACGCAUCUAACGGAGGCCUCCAGAGCGGCGGCGGGCACGUACUGAUUGAUGAGGAUCUGGAGAGGACAGUGUUAGUGGUUAACCUCGGGAUCAUCCCUCCUAUGGAGACGGUCCAUAUUCUGGUUAGCACCUCCUCUGAGCUGUCCACCCUGCCCAACGGAGGCAUAAUGGUCUCGUCCCCCCCCGUGUGCACGCCGCGGGUUCAGAGGACCAUCAACGAGGAGCAGGGGCUGUCCCCAAACUUCUCCAGAACGCGGGACCGGCCCAGUUGUUCCUCGAGUACCCACGAUCCAACUCCCAACUCCCCUCAGCUGUGGUUGGCUUCACUGCUGGAGGAGGAGGCCAUCAACUCCAUGGACUAUGAAUUUAACUUCCAGCUGGAGAUACGGGCUCCCUAUCUCCUCGCAGGCGUAGAAAGUCCGUCUCACGCCAUCAGAGCCGACGCGGACCCUCUGGCGCGCUCCGCAACAAGUGUGGUUAUCACCCUGGCCGACAAGUACACUUACGACUGUCCUGUCAAAAUCCUCAUCUAUCCCAGCGAGCCUCAUCUACCACAUGUGCUCAUUGAGAAUGGAGACAUGACGCAGGAGGAGUACGAUGAAUAUAUUCAGGGGCGCAGCGACUUCAUUAAGGCCGCCAAGAAGGACUCCAGCAAUGAGAGGAAAAUAGCUGUAAUUCACAGACGACUCCACAAGGACAUCCUCCACAACCCUGUGGUCAUGUUGAACUUCUGCCCUGACCUCAAGUCCAUCAGCUCAGACCUGGGGAAGGUUCACGGAGAGUUUAUCUUCCUCAUUGACCGCAGCGGCAGCAUGAGCGGAGUUAACAUCAACUGUGUUAAGGACGCCAUGGUGGUGAUCCUCAAGAGCCUCGUUCCGGGCUGCCUUUUUAACAUCGUAGGCUUCGGUUCCACAUUCAAGUCGCUAUUCACAACCAGCCAACACUACGAGGAGGAGGCCCUGGCCCUGGCCUGUGACUAUGUGCGGAGGAUCAGGGCCGACAUGGGGGGGACCAACGUCCUGGCGCCGCUCACUUGGAUCCUGAGGCAGCCGAUGUUCAGCGGACACCCCCGGCUGCUCUUCCUGCUCACCGACGGAGCCGCCGGCAACACAGGCAAAAUCAUCGAGGUGGUCCGCAGUCACUCGCGCUACAUCAGAUGUUUUACUUUCGGCAUAGGACAGAACGCUUGCCGGAGGCUGGUGCAGGGACUGGCGACGGUUUCCAAAGGAACAGCAGAGUUCCUGGCUGAAGGAGAGAGGCUGCAGCCCAAGAUGAUAAAGUCGCUGAAGAAAACCAUGUCCCCCGUACUGAGUGACAUUUCUAUCGAUUGGCUCUUCCCCGAGACGAAAGAAGUGCUGCUGACCCCUGUGGGCAACACCUUCCUGUUUCCAGGGGACAGUCUGAUUGGCUACAGUGUGGUUUGUGACGCCACCCGCUACCACGCUAACCCCAAAUCUGAUAAGAGGAGGCGAUACAGUAUGAUGCGCUCCAUUGAGUCAGCCAGCUCCGUCUUCUACCAAUCCCAAGAGGAGGACGCGCUGAAGGCAGCUAGCGGCUUACAGGGGUCCAACAGGGAAGCGCCUCUGGACGAUUCCCACCAGGACCCCGUGACAGAGGGCCCCGCCAUCACCGAGCAAGACCCAUCAGGGUUGGAUUGUAAGAUGUUCCCGAGACGACGUGCAUACAGCACCAACCAGAUAACAGACCACACCUCGGCCAAGAAGGUGUUCACUCCCAGUGACCCUAGCUCGGUGGUGGCAAAGAACCCGCUGAGGAGAGCCAAGGUCCAGGAGCUGAUUGGCCAGAUGAGCCCUGAGAACGAGGCCCAGUGGAGGAACGACUACCAGCCGGAGUUGGGCAGCCUGUGCGCCGCAUCUUGCAGAGGGCAUCCAGCCAGCUGCCACAGGCCGCUCGCUCAGAAGGAGCCGCCCCUGCAGCAGGAAGUGGGCUCGGAGCUUCAUCUCCAGCCGGAGGACAACCACCAGCCGAGCGGCAUCGGCGCGCCGCCUGCAGCUCGCAACUCGGCCGGGGAAGACGGAUCGAGAUCGUCCACCGACAGCCCCCCCGUCGGCAGCAUCGGGGACAUGGACGGCUAUGGACACCAGUUGUGUCACGCAGAAACUCCACAGGAGCCCCAAACAACAGAUCUGGACGCAGCCCCUCGGCCCAAAGGGGACUGCAAGGCGGUGGUGUCCGGGCUGCUGUGCGGGAAACCGGCCAAGUGGGAGGUCGUCUUUGACAUCGAGCCCUUCCUGAACGGCCGAGAACGCGAGGAGAAGGUUCACGAGGAGCUGUGGAACGAGACCUUCCACCACCUGUCUGGACGCUCCAUCAUACGCGACUUUGAGCACAUGGCGGAUAAGGAGUGUGACAUUGAGCACGGCUCUGGCAGGAAGUACCAGAUAUACGCUAUUCACACCAGCAAGGCCUGCAAUAUACUGAGCCAAUACACAGCGUUUGUUCCCAUUGACCUGGACACUAAUGAGUAUUUGCAGACGUGCAUCGAAUACAUAAACAGUGGUGAAGGUCUGAAGCGGGGCUCCAGCUCCAGCACUCGUUCGGGGAGCCGGAGGAGCAGGGGCUACUCCAUAGGACUGGGUCGCUCUCAGUCCGGCGGCAUGUCUGAGGAAGCCGAAGAUGUCCUGCUGCCCAACAGCGGAGAGGAUGGCGUCUCCCCGUGCACCACCCCCUCCUCCAGCGGUUGGGAGAAAAGCAGCUUCACGGAUGUCUUCCAAAGGAGUCCUUCUGUGACCUCUGACCAAUCACAGAAGUUGGUUGAGAGCCUUUUUUCUGCCAGACUGGCCCUCAGCAGGACUCGCCUGCUGACUCGGGCUGCCAAAGGAUUCAUAUGUCGAUCUCACAGCAAGUCCGGUGAUUCAAUUGGAGAGAGUGACAACGAGAAUAAAGACUACAUUCCUCUGGUGUUGUUGCAGUUGGCCGGCGGUGCCUUUCCGCUGGACGCCGCCCUGUGUGAAGCCAUUAGCGUUCCCAUGGACAAGCUGAAGUGGACGUCCCCCUUCACCAGCCACCGCACUAGCCUGGGGCACCUGUCUCACGCCGGCAGCCGCCGCGCAGAGAGUGCUGAUGACGCGCACACACCCCCGUGUGAAGCAGGGAGGCAGCAGCAACCCGCCGAGCCCACGGGCGCCGCCGCCUUCAGCCCCUCUCGGCUGCCCGGUAGCCUGUGGGCCGACGCCUCCGAGCCCCCUCCGCAGUCCACCUGGGAGUGUGUGGACAGCGGACGGGGCUUCGGGCCGGGGGGCCCGCAAGCAGCGUCGUCGCCCGCUGGCAGCGGCAGUGGCAGCGGCGGCGGCAGUGGCGGCGGCGGCGUGCCGAAAAGGAUGCUAGAUCCGGAGAGCAUGGUGUGGGCCACGGCCGUUGCCCUCGCCUGGCUGGAGCACAGCUCGGCCAGUCACUUCAUCGAGUGGGAACUCGUGGCCGCCAAGGCCAGCAUGUGGCUGGGGGCGCAGGACAUCCCGGAAGGGCGGGACUUGGCCUCCGUCAAGGCUGCUGCCAACCAGCUCUUCAUGAUCCUCCGACACUGGGAUGAAAACCUGCAACUGAACAUGCUCUGUUACAACCCCAACAGCGUGUGAGGGGCGCGAAUGCAAGGAGGAAACGGACUACUCAAAGCGCUCCAUUCAAUACUAUGCCAAAUGAGGUCGUAGUGUUCUCUGUUUUGGGAAUGUUGUCGUCCGGAGUCCGAUCGUGCCGUCGCAGUUGUGAACGAUGUGUGUUUCCUUUUAAUAUGUGCUGUAUCUCCAAACAUAUCACACACUCUUCAGAGGCAUUUUGUGCUAGCUUUAAUCUCGCUGGUGCCACAUAUUGUAGCUGGAUCCCUGUACGCGUGAGGAUCUAAUCAGAUGUGUUCCACGGGUUAGAGUUUCAUGGCAAGGAAGGGCAGAGUUAAAUUAGUAGCAUGCUGGACCACUGACCGUCAAAAUCUGAGAAAAGCUCUUAUUGUCAUCAUAUUGAUGUUAUGGGGUGAAUGCUAAAAAGAAAAAAAGAUUGUAAGAGAAAAAAAAACUGUGGGAUUGAUAUGCUGUUUUUAAAUAUGAACAGAUUUUCCUGGAUUGAUGGUACUGUGGAAGAGAAUGUUACAUGGCAACAUCUGGGUACUUGCAAGCAGUACUGCACUUUUUUCUAUUGCCAUUACAGUGUUCUUAAUAUUUGCCAUUUCUGCGCACAGAAAAAUAUGCAAAAAUAUAAAGAAAUAUAUGUUAGUAUUUGUAAAAAAACAAAAUGUGGCUUUGGUGGGAAUCUAUGAAUCUAGCAUGUAAUUUACUAUUUAUUAUUUAAUGAUAACCAUAGUGUAUAUUUUCUCACUUAUCUUAGUAUAUACCUGUCUUUUCAGAUUUGCAUUCUAAGAGAGCAGCAGACCUGGGUGCAGAGGUUGCCUUGCAUAGUUCAUUGUUUGCUACAUAAUGUGGAUGUUUUCACCUCACGCAUUUGAAAAGGGGCUGCACCACACGAACCAGAUGACACAUCCAAUGCAGGCAAAUGGCUUGAAGUUGUCAAAC